AUCAUCAUUUAAUUUAGACAUGCUGGUUCCACUUUGCAUUGGACACCACCUCCAUGCUGCAUGGUUUCAUUCUUCUACCUCAGCAAAGGAAUGCUUUUCUUCGAUCUGUUCUUUGGUAAAUUUUGAACAUGAUGCAGAGAUUAUUAGCAUAAUGGAUUACCAAAUGCAGAUCUUUUCGGCAAAUUCAGGUAAGGUUAACAUUCAUUUGACCGCAGCUUAAUAUUCCAGAUUUCACAAGCAACAGUUGGGGAAGAACAUUUGAUGCCAGUCCAUCUCAACUGUGUGCCACAAUCGCAGCAGCUCUCCGGAUGAUGGUGUUAGUCUUUGUUUUUCUUUUGUGCUUGGCAGGGCCACAUCUUCACCGGUUUGUGUUGGACUCUUUCCCUUGUGGAAGCAGUAAUUGGCUGCAGAAGCCGCAUCCCACAUCACCUCGACCACAACAUUUAUUAUUUCCUCUCUGGUUCGAGUCCCUCCACAAGUUUCGGUUUGACUGAGCCGCCUCCUUGACUGCCUGAUGCGCGGUUUGACCGUAGUCGGCCGCACCGACGCCUCUUUCCUCUCCCUUUGCUUGGCAGCUGAUCCUCUGUCGUUGUCCCACCGGGGACCCACAGCGGGGAAUGGUGGAAGAAGUAGCACGAGCAAAUUGUCUCGGUGGAACGAACCACAAAUAAAUCGCAACUUUACGUAAACUCAUCAGCGGAAUGAAGGAAAAUAAGAGCGAAGAAGCUACGAAGAAUUCUUCUUCUUCUUCUUCUUCUUCCUCCUCCUCCACCUCCAUCCAUGUAAGGUUAGGGUUAGGUUUUUAGGUUUCUGCCACCUCGACGCCCUCUUCCUCCUCUGUAGGCUUUUCGCCGAAAUGCCGAUGCCACAACGCCGGCGAACCCUUGCUUCCUCCUUCCUCGUCGUCCUCCUCCUCUUGAUGGCCAUCGCUUCCUUCGGCGACAAAGCCGAACUGGACACUCGUGGAGCGGAGCGAUCCGCGCUGCUUGGUUUCAAGGGCCACGUCUCGGCUGACCCCGCCGGGCUACUCCGCCGCUGGGGCCCCGGCCCCGACCACUGCUCCUGGCCCGGCGUCGGUUGCGACGACCGGUCCCGGGUCGUCUCCCUCAAUAUCUCCGCGAAAGAUGGCGGUUUUCUUCUUCCCUGCUCCCGGUCCGGCCCGUAUCGUCGGAGCUGCGGCGAUCCCCGACGAAGGCUGGCGGGAACGUUGAGCUCCGCCGUCGGGAAUCUUUCCGACCUAAGGGUGCUGUCCUUGCCGUUCCAUGGCUUUGAUGGCGUGAUCCCUGGCGAGGUCUGGGGUUUGGAGAACCUGGAAGUGCUUGACCUCGAGAGUAGCUCGUUCUCUGGUAGGCUUCCCUCGCUUUUCCCUAGAAAGUUGCGUGUGCUAAAUCUGGGGUCCAAUUUGCUUCAAGGUGAGAUCCCUCCCUCCCUCUCGAGAUGUGUGGAAUUAGAGACCCUAGACCUAUCCGGCAACCAGAUCAAUGGAACGAUUCCAGGGUUUCUUAAUGGUUUUUCCAAACUUAGAGAGCUGUAUCUCUCUUUUAAUCGUCUCGGAGGAUCGAUUCCUGAGGAGAUUGGCUAUGGGUACCGUAGUCUUCAGAUUUUGGACUUGUCUGGAAAUUUAUUGGUCGGAAGCAUUCCAACCAAACUAGGCAACUGCGCCAAGCUGCGUGUUCUGUUGCUGUCCUCCAAUCUUUUGGAUGGCUCUAUUCCUUCUGAGCUUGGGCGAUUGAGCAAGCUUGAAGUUUUAGAUGUCUCCAGGAACCGUUUGAAUGGAUUCGUACCUGCAGAGCUGGGGAACUGCUUAGAAUUGUCUGUCCUUGUUCUUCUGAAUCUACAUGAUCCCAUGUCGGAUGAUGAAGCUUCAAAUUCUGUUGAUAAGGAUGAAUAUAAUUAUUUCCAAGGCAAACUUGCUGAAAACAUCACGGCUCUGCCGAAGCUUAGGGUGCUUUGGGCACCAAGGGCAACGUUUGAAGGGGAGAUUCCUGGCAACUGGGGUUCUUGUGAGAGCUUGGAAACAGUUAACUUGGGUGAGAAUCGUUUCACAGGAAUGGUACCUAAAGUGUUUGGCCAGUGCCGAAACCUCAGAUUUCUUAAUCUAAGCUCAAACAAUUUGGUGGGUUGCCUUGACAAGGAGCUUCCUGUGCCCUGUAUGGAUGUCUUUGAUGUCAGCGGGAAUCAGUUAUCUGCCUCCAUCCCAAGGUCUACUCACGAGCAAUGCCCUUCAUCUCGGAUCCCCGCACACGACCUGUCUUCGUCUUAUUCUUCAUUCUUUGCUUAUAAGAGUCGCAGUGGACUUGCCUUUCCUUCUCCUGAAACUGCUGGUGAAUUUUUCAUAUAUCACAAUUUUGGAAGGAAUAAUUUUACAGGUACUCUGCCUUCUUUACCAUUGGACAAUCAUAGGCAUGCUAACCAGACUAUUUAUGCAUUUCUGGCUAAUGGGAACCAUCUCUCUGGCUCACUUAGUGCUUUUGCCUUGGGGAUGUGCAACAAAGUGAAUCACCUAAUCAUUGACAUCAGCGACAACAUGAUAUCUGGUGGGUUUACAUCAGAAGUAGGUGCAAAAUGCAGGUCUCUUGUGGUUCUGAAAGUUGCUAGCAAUCAGAUUUCAGAAACAAUUCCUGCAAGUAUUGGGUUACUAGAAAAUCUUGUUAGUCUGGAUUUAAGUAGGAAUUGGCUGCAGGGUGAGAUACCUGCCAGUCUUAAACAGUUACAAAGUUUGAAAUAUCUCUCAUUAGCUGGUAACAAUCUUAGUGGCCAUGUCCCAUCUGGCUUGGGUCAGUUGCAAUCCCUCAAGGUUUUGGAUCUCUCAUCAAAUUCCCUCACUGGUUAUAUUCCUAGUGAUCUUGUGAAGAUGGAAAAUCUUACCACCCUUUUACUUAACAACAACAAUCUUUCUGGGAUUAUUCCUUCUGCUUUUGCUAAAGUGGCAUCACUUUCUAGGUUCAAUGUUUCCUUCAAUAAUUUGUCUGGAUCAUUGCCUUUUAAUGCCAGUACAUUGAGAUGUGAUAGUCUUCAUGGUAAUCCAUUUCUCCAGUCUUGUCAUAUCUAUGCUCUCUCUGUUCCAUCCUCUGAUUUGCUGGGGAGCAGCCGGAGUUCGCAACCAUUUACCAACUCACCAACAGGAAACUCUUCAGAUGACAGCAGCAGUGGUGGCUUUAGUUCUGUUGAAAUUGCUGCAAUUGCUUCAGCUGCAGCCAUCGUUUCAGUCAUUCUAGCUCUAAUUGUUCUCUAUAUUUAUGCAAGAAAGUGCAUACCUAGGCCCCCCAUUGGAGCUUCUGGAAGAAAGGAAGUGACUGUUUUUGUGGAUAUUGGUGUUCCGCUAACCUAUGAGAGUGUUGUCCUAGCCACAGGGGGUUUCAAUGCUAGCAACUGCAUUGGCAGUGGAGGAUUUGGGGCUACAUAUAAGGCUGAGAUUUCACCAGGCAUUCUGGUUGCUAUAAAGAGGCUUGCAGUAGGGAGGUUUCAAGGUGUUCAACAGUUUCAUGCAGAAAUCAAGACCCUUGGGAGAUGGCGGCACCCUAAUCUUGUGACCCUAAUAGGAUACCAUGUUAGCGACUCUGAGAUGUUUCUUAUAUAUAAUUAUUUUCCAGGAGGUAAUUUAGAGAGAUUUAUACAGGAAAGAUCAAAAAGGUCUGUGGAUUGGAGGAUGCUUCACAAGAUUGCUUUAAACAUUGCAUGUGCACUUGUUCAUCUGCAUGAUCAGUGCAUGCCCCGCAUCCUUCAUCGAGAUGUUAAACCUAGCAACAUACUGUUGGACGAUGAAUGUAAUGCUUAUCUCUCUGACUUUGGAUUGGCGAGGCUUCUAGGAAAUUCUGAAACCCAUGCGACCACUGGUGUCAAGGGAACAUUUGGUUAUGUUGCUCCGGAGUAUGCAAUGACUUGUCGAGUGUCUGAUAAAGCAGAUGUAUAUAGCUACGGUGUGGUGCUGUUGGAAUUAAUUUCAGACAAAAAAGCAUUGGAUCCUUCCUUCUCUCCAUAUGGUGAUGGCUUCAAUAUUGUUACCUGGGCAUGCAUGCUGCUGCAAAAAGGCCGUGCUCACGAAUUUUUCACUGAGGGACUGUGGGAUGUGGCUCCGCAUGAUGAUUUGGUAGGGAUUUUGCACCUAGGUGUCAAGUGUACUGUUGAAUCACUUUCUAUUAGGCCCACAAUGAAGCAAGUUGUUAAGAAGCUAAGGGAAAUCCAACCUCCACAUUAUGGGCAUGGUUAACAUAUACACGCUUAAGAGAGCUUCUGCUCCAAGAACAAGUUCUGCAUGAUAUGGGAGGUGAUAUAUCACAUACUUUUACGUCGUCUAACCGUUGAAGUAACUGAGCUAUUCUAAGGUUGCAAUGUCAUGGAGUUUCAACUGAGUUUUCUUGAGUGUAAUAUCACUGGUAUGGCAUUUGAUGGAGAGUUCUUUUGCCAUAUGAUCAAUCAUUAAGGCAAUGAGAGAGAAAUUACUCGAAGGGACAGCUGCAGGCCUUACAUAUAUCUAUCAGCUUAUGCCUUGCAGGGCAAAUAUCCUGAUAACAGGUUAUGGUUCUCCUGUUACGAGCAAGUUUUACUUGCUCGAUACGAAUGAGGAACUUCUGCAGGGCUAUAUAAGUAAAGAUGCUUUUCAAAGGUUAGUCAAGGCCACGAGGACACAAACCCACUCAUCUCGGUCCAUGAUCGUGACAGUAAGCUUUAGUUUGCCGAUAAAAAGUCAUGACAUAUUACAAUAUUCUGGAAUUCUUGUGCAAAUGAUUGUAUAGCCUGUUGAACUCAUCAUCAUGUUUGACACAAUAGAAUAAUUGGGUUGGUCUUGCUGCCACAGCUGUUGUUGAUGGAACAUGGCCUCACCGAAGACCAACGGGUUCUUCAUGUAAAGGCUAUUGUUUCAAGGACGUCGCAUCGUCAGGAUUCCACCACUGAGGAGUGCUGGAAGGUAUGAUCUGAAGACUGUUUCCAUCAUAAUAUUUAUUGGCUUCUGCUUUUACGUGAGAUAUAUUUAGAUGAACCUACGCAGUGUUUGGAUUCUUUUAUGGUGUUGGUUUACUGACGCUGCACAUAUCAGUAUGUUCACUGCCCCAUCAAACUGAAUUAGAACCGACAACGCACAAAGCCAUCAAUUCCAUAUUAAUUUGCAGGGAUUAUGUUGAAAUGGAGCUCAUGAUGGCAAUUCUUUUUUGUUUCUUAUUC